CUUUCCUACACGACUAUUGUUUCCUUUUUGUCAAUACAGUACUUAUACCCAAUUCCAGCCCUUCAUCGCACUAUGAAACCUGAUGCCGGCACUCGCGACACAAAGCCUUGCUGAAAAUGCGAGCCCAAAACAUAUUACGACUCCUCGAAACAUACAUAUCUAUAUGGACGGCCAAGAGGUUAUAAUACAGACGUACUCGGGAUGGGACACAGCAGUUGUGGUUUUUGGCGCCGCGAUGCUGGCAAUCGACCUCGUCGUGAUGCUGUACAUUGUCUGGAAUCGCAAAUAUCCUCCAAUUCGGGCCAAAAAUAUACCACUGCUUGUGGUCCUGUUCGUCUCACUAGUCAUCUGGUACAUAGGGUCCAUCGCAACACAGCUGGAUGUCGGAAAUAUAAACAGUUUUAGCGGAAGCUGUAUCCUAUUUGCGAUUUGGUUCCGCGUGCUGUUGGGUGUAUUUUUGUUCACUUUCGUGAACGUAUUUCGGCUCUACACCUAUAUUCGAAUAUUUCGCUACCGAAAGCCCGUAAAGGGCUGGUCUUACUGGAUUCCCGUCAUCAUAUUUCUCGUUAUUAUCCUUGCCUUUGGCCUCACCACGACAUUGCUGCACGAGUCCUUGGGCGUAUUCCUCAUUGAGGGCAUCGACGUGUGCCGCUACACUAUCAGGUUUAAAGAGAUAGCAUUUGGGAUAGUGUGGUUCGGGUGGCUGGCGGUAAUUCUGUCCACUUUCCUAGCUCGCAACAUCAACACGUCAUUCAACGAGUACUAUGAGAUGCUUGCGGUCUGCAUCAUAACCAGCAUUGCGAUAGCGUACGAGACUAUUAUCCAGCACAUACUAGCCAACUACAUUUUGUUUAUCUGGUCUCGAACCACAAGCGCAUUGAUCGAGGUGAUCGCUGGCCAGGUGACAUUCUUCAUCCUUGUGACAACACCAGUAUACAAUUGCCUGGUUAACCGAGAGGGCUACCAGAAGGCGUUCUUCGAGAAGAUGCACAAUGAUGGGAUGACGGCACGGUAUCUGUCAUCGAUCGAGAGUUCAUCCAGCACGACACGUGUUCAUGCAAUGUCCAUCUGAUUGCCCAAAUUGACUGUGGCUGG